AUGUCGGUGAAGGACGGCAUUCAGGUUGAUCUCGAGGACUCGGCCGGCAGUCCAAUCAGAGCCAUCGAUGGCUGCAUUGUUGCUGCGCCGGGCGAGGAGUUCGAGAUUUGCAUCACGAUCUACAACAACUUCAAGUGGUUUGCGACGUCGUGUCUUUACGUUGAGAUUGCCUCUCGCGAUGGCAAUGGCGGCAGACAACAUGAUUGGGAUGGCGAUGAGACACAGGUGCUGUGCAUCCAGAAGACCGAUGCAAACUCCGGUGUCAUCAGGAUCUCAAAGAUGAAACUUUGGGACAUACACGAGACCACAGAGAACGCUACCAAGAAGCCAUUCCUGAUUCCAUCGCCGCAACCUGAGCCAAAGCGUUUCGGAGCAGUGGACGACAAGCCACCGGCCUUGCAGGCACGUCGUGGAUGCAUUCAGGUGUCUUUUGUGCGUGGCCGUCUUCCGGCUGCUGGUCGCACAUUCAAGCGGCGGACGGCGGAUCCGCGAGACUCUCAGGUGAACAUUGCACAGCUCAACGAGGCAUAUCAACAUGUCAAUCCCAAGUGGUUCAAGCAAUUAGCGGGCGACAAGGGAGAUCCCAUUACAUUUGAAUUCCAGAACAUGCAUGGAGAGACAAAAGCGGUCGUCAAGAAAGAGCCCGGCUUGAUGGAGACUCAGGCACAGCAUGCAGCUCCUCCUGCCAUCAUGCAGUCGCCAGCAGCGGUGAUCCCCAAGUCUUCGGCGGCCAACAGCCACUUUCCGCAGAAACAGUGGGCUAUACCACUUGCGAGCUCCAGGCGCCGCAGCUCGGCCCUGAACACCAUGCCAGGAGCAUUUCCGCAGAAGCAGUGGGCUGCAUCACGUGCGCCCUCCACGCGCCGCAGCUCGGCCCUGAACACUACGCCACCAAGGUCCAUGCCUGGAACGAUGCCGGAAGAGCCUGUGAGCCCCGAGGCCGGAGUUGAGGACGAGGACAGGAUCGUCAUCACCACUCCCACCACUGCCCGUCUGACUGUCUCGAAGAGAUCGAAGGAAGAGUCCAGCACUACUCGCAAACUUCCCGUGGUCGUGACGCCACGCCGUGUUUCUUCGAAGAGAGUUCGGGAGCCUCGCACUCCCAGCCCAGCGUCGAACGGGUCGUCUCUGUUCAUCAGCGCGCAUGCGAGCCCCUCAGCCUCUCCUACCAUGACUCCAAUGUCUUCGCAGAAGAAGCGAAARGUCCAGUUGCUAGAGUUGAAGCUUCAGGAGGUUCGGCUGGAGAGGCAGAUCUUCGAACUCAGCAAUGAGGAUUGA